AUGCACAAACGCAUUUUGAAUAAACUCAAUCCAGCUCAACAUAAAAAGAGGGAUAAUCUGACGUCGUCCGAUCUCGAUACCACUUCUGCUUCGUCCCAGUCUCAAUCCCAACCGCAUUCGUCCCAGUCUCAUUUUCUGUCUCAUACUUCUACCUCGCACACGUCUCAGUCGUCGCAUUCUCAGCAGUCGCAGUCUCAGUCACAGUCUCAGUCGCACGCCCUGUCGUCGCCUAUUUCGUCGCUAUCGUCAAAUUCUACUACUGCUAGUAAUCCCUCGACAAUGUCCAGUGCUCAUCAGGUUCCCGGUACUGUUCCAGGUACCGUUUCAGGUGCUGUCCCAGUUGUAACUGGCCAGCCACAGCCACAGCAGGCUCUGUUGGUAGACCAUCAGGCUGUCUCGCAUCAGCAGCAGCCUCAACAACAUGUGCCAGUUGGCCAUGAUAUCCAUUCUCAGCCUGCUGUCGAUGCUCACCAGCAACAGCAACAGCAACAGCAGCAACAACAACAACAUUAUCAGCAACUUCACCAACAACAGGCAGACCAACAGGCUCAACAACAUCAACAACAACAACAACAAUUGCCUCACCAGGACCAGCAAACAAUUCAAAGUCAUGGUCAAGUGGCUGCUUCUCCUGCUAAUACCGCUGCCAUUACUUCUGUAGCUGGCAACCACAGUCUUCUUCCCAAGAGAUCGACUGUUUCAAAGGGUAAAUACUCACUUUCAGAUUUCCAAAUCCAAAGAACUCUUGGAACUGGCUCGUUUGGAAGAGUUCACUUGGUUCGCAGUAUCCAUAAUGGCCGUUUCUACGCCAUCAAGGUUUUGAAAAAGGCCCAGAUCGUGAAAAUGAAACAGGUCGAACACACCAAUGACGAACGUCGUAUGCUCAAGCUUGUAGAACACCCGUUUUUGAUUAGAAUGUGGGGUACUUUCCAGGACUCUAGAAACCUGUUUAUGGUUAUGGAUUAUAUUGAGGGUGGUGAAUUGUUCUCUUUGUUGAGAAAAUCUCAACGGUUUCCCAAUCCUGUCGCUAAAUUCUAUGCUGCCGAAGUCACUUUGGCUUUGGAAUACCUUCACUCUCACAAUAUCAUCUACCGUGAUCUUAAACCCGAGAACAUUUUGCUUGAUAAGAAUGGACAUAUCAAGAUCACCGAUUUCGGGUUUGCCAAGGAAGUAUCUGAUGUUACCUGGACUCUUUGUGGAACUCCUGAUUAUAUCGCUCCUGAGGUUGUCACUACCAAGGCGUACAACAAGUCGGUUGACUGGUGGUCCCUAGGUAUUCUCAUCUAUGAAAUGCUAACUGGAUAUACUCCUUUCUACGACCAGACGCCCAUGAAAACAUAUGAAAACAUUCUUGUUGGUAAUGUGCGCUACCCACCUUACCUGCACCCCGAUGUCACAGACCUGCUGCAAAAACUCAUCACAAAGGAUCUGACCCGUCGUCUUGGUAAUUUACAGGGAGGCUCCAGUGAUAUCAAAUCGCACCCUUGGUUCAGCGAGGUCAUUUGGGAGAAGCUGCUGUCCAAAGACAUUGAAACCCCCUACGAACCACCCAUCCAAUCUGGCGUCGGUGACACCUCGCUUUUCGACCGCUACCCUGAGGACGAGCUCGACUACGGUAUCAGCGGCCCCGACCCCUACAGUGACCUCUUUACCGACUUCUGA